AAACAGGAAGGAUCAGAAGCAAGAAGAAAGUAUUGUGUGUGCGUGUGAGAGAGAAAGAGGGAUAAUGGCGGGAAGAAGCUGAUGACGGCUACAAGUGACCAGAAAGGGACACACAGUAGGUACAUACUAUUAGCUGGCAGCUUAGGAAGCCUGUUCCCCGACCCUGACUCCCGGCCCGGGCAUAGUAGUUCUGUGCAGCCCAGCAGGGAGGCGGUAACCGGAGUGGGCGGGGCCUGAGAGACAAGACCAGACAGCAGAGAGGCAUUCCAGCUCAGAGAUAAGAACGCCGUGUGUGUACAGUGUGUACGGGAGGAGAGCGGCUGGAUACUUCAUAACACAGGAAUGGCUGCUGCAGACGGGGACAAUGAUGUGGACACAGAGCAGACAUUCACAUGUUUGAACAUAAAAAUGUACCAUCCUCUCCAGCACGACAGAAGAAUCUUUAGUGCCCUUGAGUUGUGCAAAAGGCAAGAGAUUGGAGCGGAGGAAGUGGUUAUGUUUGGGCGGGACGUUACUUGCUGUAAAUUCAAAUUGCUACAUAACAAAGUCUCAAGGAUGCAAUUCGCUUUGCAGUUCUUCAAGCAGAUAAACAGUUCCACAAUGUCCUUUGAGAUAAAAAACCUCAGCAAGAAAACUAAACUGUACGUUGAUGGCUUGGAACUGACUUACCUCAAUAAGGUUGAUCUUCCGCCCAAGUGCUUGAUUCGUUUUGGGGAAUUUCAGAUGUUGUUGGAGAAUGAAGCUGGAGAGUCAGAGGACAAAUUUGCAAUCUACUGUGAAGUGUCACGCUUUUCUCUUGUACAGGAGAUAGGCUAUCCAGUGAUGCUAGCCAUUCCCGAAAAUGGCCCAAUAUAUCAGGCAAAUAGUCAGCCUUUAUCUAUCCCACCAACACCUCCCCCAGUUGAAGUGGAUGAAAACGACGUAUAAAAACUAUGUAUGAAAAGUAGAUACAUUAACCUCUUGGAUGCCUUUUAUAUAGAAGCUAUACUAACAAAGACUUUGCGUGAUGCCUUCCCCUAAAGGAUUAAUUUAUAUUAAAUUGUACAGUUGAGACUGCUCCAUUCAAUUAUGUCCCUAUGAUAUUGUAACAUCAUUUUGUAAUUCUGUUUAUUUGGGUGAGCAGACUAUUGGCUGAAAUCUCCCCCAGCUUCUUCAAUUGUAACUACUGACACUGUAAAAAUGUUACAACAAUUAGUAGUCACUUUAUAGUAAACACUAUCGAAGAAACACAAGUGUAAUCCAUGGCUCUCCUGAAAGGUCAAUCUUUCACUUUGGGAAACUAAUCGGAUGAAUAAUAUCAAACAACUGAAUAUUACUUUAAGGGUAGGGUCACAGAUGCCAUAUUUUGCUGCUGCGUAUUUUCUUAACCAUUGAAGUCAAUGGGUAGCAAAAUAUGCAGCAGCAAAACACGGCACAUGUGACCCUACCUUAAAGGGAUUAUCCAGGAUUAGAACCACCAAGAAACACAUGUAAAUAGGCCAUCAAAGUCCUGAAAAACACCCUUUAAGGGUGGACAGUAUCCUGUGCACAUUUGAUGUGUGGUUCCGCCCAUAGUAACCAAUCACAGCCCAGCUUUUAUAUUUUAACUAGCUUUUGCCCACGGCUUCGCUCGCAUUAAAUUUGGGGUAACAUAGAUCUACUUUUUACGAUCCUAUAGUAAUGAGGCUGCUCUGGGUAAAGUCUACAGGCAUCCAAACAACCCGAAUUCUUUCAACUUUGAUCGCCGCGUCUAAAGAGUUAAAGCCAGACAUCUGCCGGAACGGCGAUGUCCAGCAUUAGCCACAGGUCCUGGCUGCUGAUAGCUCCUGAGCUCGUUCAUAACCCUCCCAUGCCGCAGUGCCGGGUAUACCUAGCUUCAAAAAUGACGGACUUCCAUACAAGCUUUCAACACCUUUUUCAAAAUUCUUUCUUAUUCCUUGUCUAUGUCUUAAAAACAACACCUGAGAGAAAAAACUCAGCUUUCUAGGUCCAGGGGUUUAGGCUGGGCGUUGAUGAGUCAGGCCUUCUAUAUAGAGAGAUCUAUAGAUGAGCUUUGGGAAAAUAAAAGUUGAACUGUGACUUCUAUGGGCAGAGCCAGACAGUUUUGGUUUCUGGCAGGUCGAUAAAUCUAGACUAAUGGUCCAAAUUUACUAUUGCAAAUGUGCCAAGAUUUAGUUAAUGUUUGUGUCAAAACCUGACGAAUGUCACCACAUUUGCAAUGCGUUUCAUACUUUUGACACUUUUCCACUAGGUUUGAUAAAGGGGAGUGGCCUCAGCAAAAGAAGCAUGGCCUAUAUGCACAAAACUUAGGCACAUGUUUCUGGUUUGAAGUACACUAAAAGUUGGUAUAAACUUAAACAACGCCUACUUCUACAGGUUUAUUAGUAAGCCUGAGACACUGACAAAUCUGGUGCAUUUAGGCCAUGUUCACACAGCGGAAAUUCUGUUUUUCCGCUCAAAUUCCAUGCAAAUAAAAAAAAAAAGACUUUUCUGCAGAUUUGUGGAAUUUGAGCGAAAUUUGUGUUUUCAAAACAGAGUCCCAUUAACUUUAAUGCCUGCUACACAAAUUCUGCUGUGUGAAUGGGACAGUGGAAUUCCUAUGCACAAUGUGCUGUAAAACACUGGUCAAUUUUUAUUUUUUCUAUCAUGUAUAUUUUGUGGAAAACCACCUUGAUAAUGGUAUUUUUCCUUUUAAAACAAGCCUGAUAUGAGCAUUAUUUAACCACAUUCACGUGUAAGAUGUUCUAUAAACAGCUGUAUAAAUAUAUACUAACCAUUAAAGUGGAAUGUAUCACAUUCUUUCCUCAUUAUAGCCAGAUUUUUUUGUACAUUAUUAUGGAGGCAGUCAUCCUGCCUGAGUUGUUUUAAGGUAAAACAGUACUUUUGGGAUAUAAAAUGUUAUCCUCCUCCUAAGGAUAGGGGGGGAAGUAAGUGUCAAAUCACAGGUGGUCCGACCACUGGGACCCCCAGCUCUCCUCCUGAAUGGGCUGUGUUGAUCACCACUAAAAGUGAUGGUCGACAUGCCUCCGCCAUGCAUCUGAGGGAGAGCCAGAGAGCUGCUCUAGGAAAUCUAAAGGGGAAAGGCAUUACAGGAAAUAAUUUGUACAGAACAGAGUAUCGGCUUAGUUUUAGCCCUAGGGGCCAGAAUGAAGCCUGCAAGAUUGUGAAUAUUUUAAAAUAUAGGUGUUAAAUUAGAAAAAUUAUAUUAUAAAGUUAAAAAAAAUGACUUAACAUUUGUGGUGAGACUUAUCAUUGUUUGCUUUGGUAAGAGUUCUGUAGUGUGUUUUUUUUUUUUUUUUUGCUUCUGUGUCAUUUAUCAUACUAUCACAGGGGGUUGAUGAUAAAUUUAGCUUACAUAAGCAAAAUCCAAUAAAAUCACUUUGGAAUAACAUUUUCUUAGCACACAUCAGCAAAAUAAAGUGUUUUUUCCCCUAACCCAUUUUGUUUGUUUUUAAUUUCAGAUCCGUCUAUCCUGUGGGCUACUUCAGAUUUGGUGGACUACGAUGACCAGCGUAUUUUUCUUUUGUUCAACAUUUUGUAAGAGGGCUUGUGGGGGAG